AUGCUGAAUAUUACUAGACGGUCAGUAGCAAGCGUUGCUAGCAUUGCCAAUGCUGCUUCAACCCAGGCCAGAGCUGCUUCUAUCGGUCACAGAUACUCUUCUACAUUGCCUUUAAUCAAGGAAACAGUAUCCUCAAAUCAUGUGGCGGACGUUCUUUCAUCUAUUGCAUCACGAACCGUUAAUGCCCCCAGUGGACCUACUCCUGUUGCACCUGCUGGUUCAUAUGUUGAAGAGGCUUUAAAGGAGUCGAAACUUGUUGGUCAAAGUUCUCCAGGUACUGGAAGACCCAUUUACCUCGAUAUGCAAGCUACUACACCUACUGAUCCCCGUGUUCUGGAUUACAUGCUUCAAUUUUACACCGGACAAUAUGGUAAUCCUCACUCGCGUACUCACGCUUACGGUUGGGAAACUGAUACUGCAGUCGAGACUGCUCGUAAGCAUGUGGCCGAUGUUAUUGGUGCUGACGCCAAGGAGAUUAUUUUUACUUCUGGUGCUACUGAAUCUAACAACAUGUCUUUAAAGGGUGUUGCUAGAUUCUACAAGAAGACAAAAAAUCAUAUCAUUACUACACAGACUGAACACAAGUGUGUUUUGGAUUCGUGCAGGCAUUUGCAAGACGAAGGAUUUGAUGUUACAUAUUUGCCAGUUAAAUCUAAUGGUCUCAUAGAUUUGGAAGAUCUUGAGAGGGCCAUUCGUCCCGAGACUGCUAUUGUAUCUAUUAUGUUUGUCAACAACGAAAUCGGUGUUAUCCAGCCAAUGGAAGAGAUUGGUCGUCUGUGUCGCAAGAACAAGGUUUUCUUCCAUACCGAUGCUGCUCAAGCCUUUGGUAAGAUUCCUAUCGAUGUCAACAAGCUGAAUAUUGAUCUCAUGAGUAUUUCGGGCCACAAGAUUUAUGGCCCUAAAGGCAUUGGUGCUUGUUACGUCCGUAGAAGACCUCGUGUUCGUUUGGAGCCUAUUAUCAACGGUGGUGGUCAAGAGCGUGGUCUUCGUUCUGGUACUCUUGCUCCACCUCUUGUUGCUGGAUUCGGUGAGGCUGCUCGUCUUAUGAUGUCCGAGAUGGAAUAUGAUUCUCAGCACAUCCGUCGUUUGUCUAACAAGUUGACUUCGAAUAUUCUCCAACUCGAGCACACCGUUCUUAACGGAGACAAGGACGCACAUUAUCCUGGAUGUGUGAAUAUUUCUUUUGCUUAUGUUGAGGGUGAAUCCCUUCUUAUGGCUCUUAACGACAUUGCCCUUUCUUCUGGUUCCGCCUGUACUUCUGCUUCGCUUGAGCCUUCAUAUGUUCUACGUGCCCUUGGUGCUGAUGACGCUCUUGCCCACUCGUCCAUCCGUUUCGGUAUUGGUCGUUUCACAACUGAAGCUGAGAUUGACUACGUUCUCCAGACUGUUGUCAGCAAGGUCAACAAAUUGCGUGAACUUUCUCCUCUCUGGGAAAUGGUCCAAGAAGGUAUCGAUCUUGAAACCAUUCAAUGGUCCCAGCAUUAA